AUCCAUCACAUUAUAUUUCACGAUUUCUCCCUUAAAACCACGACACCCACUGAAAUAGCUCCACCCCAGUAAAGUUAAUGCCAUAAACUUGAAAAAGGGAUAAAUUAAAGGUCCUAAAAGCUACCCUGGGUGCCUUUUAUUAGUAAUUAUCGCACAUGUACCAAGGAACAGCGUGACCAGACAGACAUUACAUUUCCAUAUUUCUCCCUUAAAACCACUGCACCCACUGAAAUAGCUCCAUCCCAGUAAAUUUAAAUCCAUAAACUUGAAAAAGGGGUAAAUCAAAGUCCCAAAAAGCUUCUCUGAGUAGCUUUUAUCAGUAAUUGUCGCACAUGGACCAAGGAACAGCAUAUGACCAGAGACCAUUACACCCACUGAAAUAGCUCCAUCCCAGUAAACUUAAAGCCGUAAACUUAAAAAAGGGAUAAAUUAAAGCCCCUUAAAGCUGCUCUAACUAGCUUUUAUUAGUAAUUAUCACACAUCGGGGAAGGCCACCAUAGGAGACAGCUGGCGAGGACGAGAGGAACUAGACAGACAAACAAUGGCUGAGAGGGAUGAGAUCUUAGCCAAUUUUCAGGCAUGUUCAGGCAUAGAGGAUGUCGGGGAGGCCUUCAUGCACCUGGAGGCGGCCAACUGGAACCUGCUGGAGGCCCUGCAGGUGGUGAUGCCGCAGGAGGCCACCUCAGUCACACCCACACAGCCGCCGCCCCUUCAGGCAGUGUCUCAGCCGGAGGUGAUAAGUAUCGACUCAUCACCUGAGCCGUUGCUGCCGCCCCCUAUACCCCCCCUGCCCCUCGCUGUACCCGCUGGCCCCGUAGCCUCCUCAUCUCACACACCAGCAGUCAUGGAUGUCAAUAUACAGGUGUUGUGUGGAGGCGCCUCUGAGGGCAGCACCUUCCCCCUGGAGCUCCCCGGCACAACCUCUGUCAGUGAACUACGCACAAUGCUUCACCAGCUGGUCGGCAUCACACCUUGCAAUCAGAUCCUGGAAGGCUUCAAAACCCCUGUGGAGGACAGCACAGUCAUCACGGCGGAUCUGCUCCCAGAGUCCCGGACACUCUCCCUCAAUACUCAGGUCUCAGUUCCUUAUGGCAACUAUUUUGAAAGGAUCAAUGGGGCUCACGGCGACGAUUACCUCCUCCUGAUCCAUGAUGAGACCAGCAACAAGGACUACAGCCUAAAGUUCCCCGGCUCCAAGCGCAUCCGAGAGAUCAAGAGCGACAUGCACACCAUCACCAACAUCGCCGUCCGUCACCAGCAGUGGAGCGGCUGGCCGACCAACAUUGAUGAGGAGAAUGCAACGCUGGCAUCAUCGGGCAUUAGCAAGCAGCACCACUUGACCGUACGGAAGGCUGUAGCGAAAGAGCGGACUCCCAAGACCCAGCGAAAGAUACCCAUGGACACCGGCGAGAACAGCUCAGGCGAUGAGUACGAGGACACGGCGGAGCUCCUCAAUGAUGACGAUGAUGACUUCCUGGGCAUGAUGGACGUGCCCACCACCAAAAAGCCUCAGACUCUAAUACCUGCCGACACCGAGGACGAGGUGAUGGGCGUCAUACAAUUCGCCGAGGGAUUCAAGAGCCGCUACGGGAGCUGCGUGCCCAUGUUCUACCAAACCUCUCUGGAGGAGGCGCUCAGAGACUCGGUUCAGCUUCCCGCCAAGAAUAGGAAGCUCCUUGCUGUGUACUUACACCACGAUGGCAGCAUCCUGUCCAACGUGUUCUGCUCACAGGCGCUCUGCCAGGUCUCGGUGGUCGACUACCUGACCGCCAACUUUGUGGUCUGGGGCUGGGACCUGACCCAUGAGGCCAACAAGGCCAGAUUGCUUAACCUGGUCACCACACACUUUGGGUCCAUCGCCUCCACCACCGUCAGAAGCUUCAGUGUGGACAAGCUGCCGGCGCUCCUGGUCAUCACACGCACCAGAGGGGUCAUCGAGGUCCUCUCAGUCAUACAUGGUAAUGGAGUGCUGGACGAGGUGAUGACAUCUUUGAUGCACGCGACGGAAAUGUUUGAGGAGCAGCGGGCCACGGAGGUGCAGGAGGAGGAGGCGAGGGAGGCGAGAGAGGCUGUGAAGGCCGAGCAGGACGCAGCGUACAUGGAGAGUCUAAAGGCUGACAGGGCAAAGGCGGCGGCUAAGAAACAAGCGGAGAUGGAGGAGAGGGAGCAGAGGGAGAGAGCAGAGUCCAUCAAGCAGCAAAUCGACGCCCACAAAGAGGCUGUACGCGCUUCCCUGGAGACGGAUAUACCCGAAGAACCUGACCCAGAGUGCAUCCAGCCCGUGUCCACUCUUCGGUUCCGCAUCCCGGGCGGCGAGACCUUCAGCCGCAACUUUCUGGCCAGUACAACCCUCAAGGUGCUGCUCGACUUCCUUCACGUCAAAGGAUACCCCGCCGCUGAAUACAAGUGUCUCCAGUCCUGGCCUCGGAGGGAUGUCAGCUCUCUGGACAGCUCCAAGACACUCAUGGACUACAAGCUGUUCCCUCAGGAGACCCUCAACAUAGAGGAGCGAUGAAGGGACCUCGGCAGCACUGUCUUGGUCACCUGAUGGAUAGGCUGUAGUGAGACAGGUAACUACUGGACGACAUCCUAGCUGAAGUUUCCCAGUGUUUAUUGUGCGAAUGUGACCUUCCUCGGAGGUCGUGUUUAAUUAUCAUCUGAGAGUGGCUGUUGAAUAUUGUCCUUGGAAGACACUGAAUGUAAUUACAGUAAUUUAUAUUCAGGUAUUGUUAUUAUUUGGUGUCAGGAAUGUAAGGAAGGUAAUGCUAGAGACAGAUCUUAGACCUUUCAGAGUGUGUAUAUAGGAGGUACUACAAGGCUGGCAUCGGAACACCCUCAAAAAAAAUAUCAGUGUUGAACAGACGUUUAGCAUCUUGAAGAAAAAAAAAUUAUAUAGUAUACACAUAUAUAUAUUUCCUAAAUUAAUUCAUAUAUCACAUGUAAAUUCUUUUUAAUUUAGUCCAAUGGAUGACAGGUAUGCAUCUUAUUUUGUAAAACUAUGCAUAUAAGUAAUCUGAUAAGUCUGUGUUUUGAAAGUUUGUAUUGGCUAAAGAAGAAUUGCACUAUCAUUAUUAUUAUUAUUACUAUUAUUAUUAUUAUCAUCAUGGUUCAGUGGUGUCUUCUCGAUGAGGCACAGCAUUGUGAAUUUUAAGUCUUGGAGGGAGUAGUGCCCCGCCGCCCCCCAGGCCUUCACACCCCUCAGUCCACUUGUCCUGCUCUUUAUCAGCUGCUUGUUUGAAUGAGGCGGAGAGAGAGUGAGAGACAGCGAGAGACAGUGAGUGAGACAGCGAGCGAGAGACAGUGAGCGAGAGACAGUGCGUGAGAGACAGUGAGUGAGAGACAGCGAGCGAGAGGCAAUGCGUGAGAGACAGUGAGCGAGAGACAGUGAGCGAGAGACAGCGAGUGAGAGACAGCGAGUGAGAGAGAGAGAGAGAGAGAGUAAAAGAUUUACACACAUGUGAUGCAUCCACAUGACUCCUGUAGAUAGUGGAUUUUUUACUGAACUGUUGUGUUGGAGCGUUGUUACCACUUCCCUCCCUUGCUUUUAGGUGCAAAUGUAUUUAUCUACUAUUAGUAAAAAGAAAGUUUCCUAUAAAAAAAAAGAACUCUAGAAAUAUAUAAGAGAAUAAACUAUCUGAAUAUAUCUACCAGACUGCAAUAUUCACGAUCUGAUACAGGGAAGCAUUCGUGUGGAGUGAAGAGCUUAUGUUUAAGUGACUGCAUAUCCUACCUCUAGGCUGCUUUAGAAUUACCAAGACUUUGUUUCUGCUUGCACCACCAGACCUAACCCAGUUGUAUGGCCUUUGCAUUUCACCCUCUGAUCUCAAAAAACGUAGCUUGGGGUAGUGCAUGCGAAGGUCAACAUGCCUAACAUAUAUUUUUUUAGCUCCAGAUAGAUCAUGACCACCAUCACCACCACUAACAACCCUUCAGUGUGUGUGUGUGUGUGUGCGUGUGUGUGUGCGCUCGGUGCCGGGUCGCCACAGCUGCUGCAUUAAUAAGGACAGACAGAAGGGGUGAUGUCACAAGCAUGCCAGGAUUUCAAAGGUUGCACGGCUAAUAUUUUUUUUUCAUCUCUUGUCAAGCAGAGCUGUAUAAUGUGAGGACUGGUGGUGAUUAAAUAGUCAUGACCAAACCCGGACUCUCUUGCAUCAUUAACGUCUCCUACUACUCCUCCUAAGUUCCCAAAGCUUUACCCUCAUCAAGUUGCUCAAAGUUUUUUUUAUUUUGUCAUGGCUGUGUUUGAUAUUGUUUGUCUAGGUCUCAUUAUUGUUUUAAGCAUUCUGCAUUGUGGACGAAAGGUUAUGUGGUUUUCAUAGUACAACAGUCUUGUCAUGUGUACUGUAAAUCAUUAAAUACCUAUGGCUCAUUUUUUUAUAACUCUGGCCCACCCUACACAUAGUAUCAGCAUGUGCUCAGUGGCUUCCUAAUUGCUGCAUUGUUUGUUUUGUGGGGUUGACCAAACAUUCAAAACACUGCAAAACACACUAUUGGCUCAACUAGCUCAGAAUUCAGACUUAUCCUGUCCUUGAGAAUGGCAGCUACAUAUCACCUAACCUAUGAUUAUUGUGCAGCUUCGCAUUGAAAUACUCCAGAUUGCUGUGUGGUAUGAAGUUAAUCUAAGUAUGGUAAAAGGUAAUGUCACAGUACCAAGCCAUUCUUUGUUGGGUUCAUACUGAAAAAGGGAAAAUCACAGAGCACCACAGCAACCCCCUCACCAGGCUGCCUUGGGAGACUGCCUUGUUGAUGAGGCACACAAUAUGCUCUGGAAAAUUACUGUGGAAGGACAUUAAGUUGAUCCCCCAAUAUAGAUGACUAACAGCCUUAAAUUACUCCCUAGACCUUAUGAGUUCCUGUUCUGGGGAAAGUCAAAUAAAGCCAGCUAUCAGAUUAUGAAAUAUGGCUGAUGACAGAAAAUGGUUCUCAGUCAGCUUGUCCACCAUUUACUGGAGUACAUCAUAGGGUCUACAUGGCUGGUGUGUUCUCUGAUAUCAUCUUUACAGCUUGAAGCCACUGCCACUAUUUGAAAUGCAAGAGUCAGUGUUGGACCCUUAAUAUUUGCAGACAUACAAUCUUAGGCCACAGAUUUACCUUGGUUAUGAUCUGCACAAAAUUGAUUCUGUUUAUUCUAUUCCAUCAAUACUGCCAAAUCAGUUACAAGGAUGCAGUACACAGGCAGGUAGUGAGUGGAAAAGGGCCUGUAUGGAGAGUAACUGGAAUGGAUGAGAGCACAAGAGUAUGGAAGUCAUCAUUGCAUUUAGACAUGGGAGCUUUAAUGUGCCUGGGCCGUGUGAAGCAAAACUGGCGGGCAAGUGGUUGGCUGAGUAAUAUUUAAUGAGUUCAUGAGCAUGCCAGGGAAAUGUGAAGGGCCUAUAAAUGAAUGAACAGUGGGAUGGGGGACUAUGUGUGAUGAAGUGGGUAUGAUAUGUGAAGUAUUAAUUGAAGAGGAGGAAAAAAAAUAUUGGUUGCCUGUACCCCAUGUGAUAGCAGAACAGAGGAGAAGGAAAGGUCUGAGGGACAGUUAACCAAGGUGUAGCACUUAUGGAAGUUACGAUGGGGUCUGAAAGGGAAAACUGGAAAGGAAGGCAGCUUGGAUUGUCAAAGCAUACACAGAAAUGAAGCAGGAUUUGGGACGAAGAAAAUGAAGUGCUGACUGAGACUAAAGGGCAGAGUUCUUUAACCUGGUAGCAGCGAUGGGCCAAAUUUGUGGCUUACCGUGUUCCAGCAACGAGCCAAAUUUUUGCCAUGAUAUAAACCCCCCAAAUAGAUGAUGCAUAAAUUGAUCACAAAUGCAUUGAUAUAAAUUAUGAAAUGGUUUGCGUGAGUGAUGAUUUUUUCUCAUUUUUCUCGCUUAGAGGGGCCUUUAAGAAACAUGAUCCCCGCAGCUACUGGGUUAAAGCUUGUGUUGUAAUUAUGGUACAAAGAAAUUUCACAUCUCUCACCUUGGUUAGCUGGUAAUGUGGAGGGGUCUACUGUCACGAAUGUAUGAUUAUUUGUAAGAGUGGAAAUGUCCUGUUUAGGUACGACAAAAACAUUACAUUGAGGUAUUUGUAUCGGAGAGAGAGAGAGGGUUAUCAUGUGAAAUUAUAAGACUUGAACAACACUGGGAUGUCAAUAGUUUGUGAAGAAAUGUAAAUACUUCUCAGAAUUUUCUUAUAUUGGCCAAAAAACUUAUGAAUUAAUGUCUUAGAUGGUGUUGUGCCUUGAAUUUUGAUCCUUAGCAAGACAACAGGAUGAAAAAGGAAUAUAGUUGUGUUCCGAUUUCCAGGUUGUGUUAGCUGGAGUAAUGCAUUCUUAUUUAUUCAUAGGUGCUUAAUUUUCUGUUGUGGGGACUUUGAAUUCAAGAAGCAUUGGUCCCUAGCAGCUCAAGAAGAAAGAGUAACAUAUUUGUGAUCCUCAGCUAAGUGGUAACUUCCAACAUUAAAAGGAUAAACAGUA